UCUAUAAAAAUUCUUUCAAGAAAUGGACUCAAGUUUCUUCAGCCUCUUCUCAGAAAGCAAACAGGGACUCAUGAAGCUUUAGGCAAAGGCUUGUUUGACAGCAUAAACAAGGAAACUUGACAAAGUGAAGAGAGAAAGUGAAAGAGAAAGGGAAGGACAGAUUUUUUCUGGUUUUCUUUGGAAGGUACAUGAAUUAAUUGAAGUGUUGGUUGCAGAAACUGAAUUGUUCAGUGCAACAAAUGAUGGCUGGAAACCCUAGCUGGUGGAGUAUCCAUCCACCUUCAGAACAGCCUUCAACUUUGUUAUCUCCUUCCCCAUCUUUCUUCCCACCUCAGUAUGUAGGUGGAUCUUCAACACAUCUCCAGAAUUCUUCUUUGGCUGAUAAUCACAACCAAGAGCUUCCACAGUCAUGGAGCCAACUACUCCUGGGUGGAUUAUCCGGCGGGGAAGAAGAUAGGUUCAGUAUGGGCCAAUUUCAGCCCAAAAAGUUGGAAAAUUGGGACGACCAAGUCCUGAAUCCAUCUCUCAGGGUUCCUGUUGAUGUAAAGCAAGAGGUUUCCCAAAAUAGCAACCAUCUGUAUGGUCAUGGAGAUGAAGAAUUCCAGACAACUAGAGGAGCAUCUUGGCCACAAAUCAUGCCGGUUUCUUCUCCUAGGUCCUGUGUUACUAGUUUAAGCAGUAAUAACAUAUUAGACUUCUCUUAUACCAACAAGCCAGAUCAUGGAAACAAUAAUCACCCUGCAUUAGAUCAUUCAGCAUCAGAGUGUAACAGCACAGCCACAGGUGCGGUAUCCAAGAAGGCUAGGGUUCAGCCGUCUUCAAGCCAACCGCCUCUAAAGGUGAGAAAGGAGAAGCUAGGAGAUAGAAUUACGGCCCUUCACCAGUUAGUUUCCCCAUUUGGAAAGACUGACACUGCUUCUGUCUUGUUAGAAGCUAUAGGGUAUAUUAGAUUCCUUCAGGGUCAAAUUGAGGCUCUUAGUUCUCCAUACUUGGGCACUGCAUCAACAAACAUCAGAAACCAGCAUUCUGUUCAAGGAGGAAAGAAUUGUGCAUUUUCUGAAGAGGGAGGACAGGUAAGCUUUUAUUGGAUCCAUCACCUCACAAAAAAGCAAGGGAAGGGGAAGGAUAAAACUAUUUUAUUCAUAAAGAAGAGCAAUAAUAUUGAAAAAACAAGGUUCCCAGCUUUUAUACAUACUUUUACAUCAACAAAAGUUAAUUAAAAAGCAUAAUUUAGAGGUGCAAAAGAUUAGUCCUGAAUUGAAAAACUAAAAAAGAGUUGAAAGGUGGUCGUAGAAAUGCUUUUCCCCUUCCCUCCUUUUUCUUUUUCUUGGUUUUAAAAUUCUCACUUGCAUCACUCAUUUGACUUAAUUGCUCAUUUAUAUAUUAAUCGUCAUAAUAAUGAUCAUCAUGAUCAUCCAAUAUUCUUUUCUCUUCAAUUAUAUAUAGAUCUAAAUUUUAAUAUUCAUCCACUAAAUUAACAAUUUAUAUAAAACUUACAGAUAUGUAAGCAAAUCUCAACUCUUUUGACAUGUAACUUUUUCUUGAUAAAAGCAACAGGAUGCACAAGAUAAGCCAAAGGACUUGAGGAGUAGGGGGCUGUGUUUGGUUCCAGUAUCUUGCACUCAACAGGUUGGAAGUGAAAAUGGUGCGGAUUAUUGGGCUCCGGCAUUUGGAGGAGGGUUUUAAGAUAAUUUAGUUGCGUCGAUGCACGAAUUAGCUCGAGUAGUUUUCUCGGUGGCCAUGGGACUAGGUCUUAAUUUGGUCUUCGUUAUAAGCUCCCAGAUAAGAGGUAGAAUGAUAUAACAUCAUGAGCAGUCAAUCUGCUGCAAUAUCCAAGGCUGAUUGCUCAUGAUGCUAUGCAUUCUAGACCACAAAAAUGUAAUUUCUUAUUCAGGAUAGCCUGUAUCAUUUUUAUCUGAGCACAUAGAGCUCCUUAUAUAAGUAUGUGAUUUAAAUUAGAUUUUUCUUUGUCUCAAAAUUCUACUACCAAAUAAAAAAGAUCUACCAGC